AUCACAAACUCCGUGGAAGAAACGGCCAUUCUGACGGCAUACCGAAAAUCGGAUACACCCCUGUUCGACACGGUGAUCGUUGAUGACUUGAGCAUCGUUGAACGAUUGCGAGAGAUCACUCAUCUACGAUACAUCCCCAUUGUUUUGUUGGCACCCACGAUUCCAAACCUGAACAUGAAGAACUGCAUAGAUCUUGGAAUCACAUCGUACAGUAGCACGCCGACCAAUCUAGCCGAUCUGAUGAAUGCAUUAUUGCCAGCCCUCGAAUCUCAUGCGACGGUUCCAAAUGACUUCACGAGGCAACAACCCCUGGAGAUUUUGAUGGCCGAGGACAAUAUUGUAAAUCAAAAGUUGGCACUCAAGAUAUUGGAGAAGUUUGGCCACCGAGUCGAAACAGUGUCAAACGGAAAAGUGGCGGUGGAACAGUUUAAGGCCAAACGAUACGACCUGGUGUUAAUGGACGUCCAAAUGCCCAUAAUGGGUGGAUUCGAGGCCACCCAGAAGAUACGUGAAUACGAGAAAGAACAUGGAG